AUGCUCCCAUCUUCCGCAUCUCAUCGAGUCAACCUCGACGGAGGGACUAAUAAUGUCCACCCCGGGAGCUUCUCUUUGGUUGGAUCCCGCACACGCCCGCAGUUCAACGGCAUCGAUAUAAUCCGCGAAGCCGACGAGUUUGCCAUGAUACAUGGACUCAACAAGGAUCAGGUCUUGAUCAAAAAAGGUGCUCUGGUUUACCAUGAUCCGGAUAAUGGCGCAGGAGUGGAGGGGUUGACUCCAGAUGAGCUUGCGGCUUUGUCUGAUAAAUCAAGAGAGAAAGUGAAUAUCUUCAAGUGCAUCCCUUCAAUACUCCAGCUGGCGACUUCUGGAACAGCAUUACCACUCAACGUUUUCUCGAUGGCUCAAUUUGUAAGUCAGCUAAGAUUCAAAUUCCACGAACUCUCUAAGACCGGUUACAGUGCACCAUGGCUUGGGAGUGCGUUGUUUGGCUGUAUCAUCAGUGUACCCUUGAACGGACGCGUCGGUCGCCGUGGCUCAAUUUUCACUGCGACUCUCUUGGCCCUCUUAUCUACACUGGUGAGGGUCGUCUUGCGGAGUUGGGAACUUUCAUACACUAUUUUUGCGGCCCACCUUAUAGCUGGUACGGCAAUGGGCAUCCUGCGAUGCACCUGCCCACUUUACCUCGCUGAAACAAGCUUCACGUCCACUCGGGGGUCCAGAAUAGCAAUUUGGCAGGUCUCCAUCACCACUGUUGCUGUUUAUAUACUCGCCGAAAAGCAGGCUAUGAUCUUGCUGGGCGUGAGGGAUGUGGGACUUGUUUUCACCUCCAUCUCCGGGGUCACUUUAUUGUGUCUGAUCACGGCAAAUAAGUUGCCGGAGUCGCCUUAUUGGUGUAUAUUGAACGGAAAGAUGCAGGAUGCCCUGGACUCGUUAUGUCACUUUCGGAAAGCGGGAAUUGUGGCGGCUCGAGACCUUCAUCAAAUCCAUUCGAGUCUCAGUGAACUGAGCAGCACCCAGAACUUCCGGGAAGAUUUUUCCUUCUUGCAGGCAUUGAAGCACCCCCAAUUCAAGAGAGCAGCCCUCGCAUCAAUCCCGAUGAUACUCACUCUCAAUAUGUCUGCUGUUCAAGUUGCCCAUGCUGAUUUUUGGUACGAAACGCUGCCAAUGCUCGACCGUAUUAAUUUUGAGCCCAUUAUUGCAAUAUUCCCAGUGAUAUUUGUUUGGUUGCUCGCCGUAAAGGUAGACAAAAUUGGCCGUCGUCGAUCUGCGAUGGCAUUGAUUCUUCUCAUGUUGCUCUCCAUGCAGAUUCCAGUGGUGGAGCUCACAGGAGAUCCCGCCUCGAUGGUUUCAUUUGUGAGCCAGAUACUGCUGAUCGCACUUUACCAGACUGUUGAGCUUGUGUUCAGUGUUUACACAGCAGAGGUCUUUCCGUGGGAAUACAAUGGUAUGGUCUCCAACUUGCCUUGCGGCUCAAAUGAUACUAACAGCAGCGGCGCAGAUUUGGGCAUGGCGAUCACAACGUCAUUGGGUCAUGGAAGCAUUAUAGCAGUGACGUUGGGUCUAUCAACACCUUCUUUACAUGGCUUCUUUUCUUCAACAACAUAUCGUUCGAUGUGGCUCCUUCUAUCCCUUUUGUCGGUAACUCUUCUAAUGAAGGAAACCAAAAAUGUCCCGAUCGAAGAUAUCAGCCAUGUAUUCGAUCUUUCAACAAAGAAUCUCAUCCUCUGGCGUGCGAAGACACGUUUCCGAGGGAAAGAUAUCGAUCUUGAACCAUUGGAGUCUCAGCCAGGCGCGAUUCGUCUUGAGUGA